AUGACAAAACGAUUAGAUCGAUUACAAGAGAAAAGACAAGCCAAGGUUGAUAAACAGCGACAAGGUAAAGACGAUAAUGUAGCUGUUCAAGAUUCUGUUUACGAAUUUUCCACCCGAUUCCAACAUGAAAAAAGGAGUAUCGAAGAGAUGUUGGACCAAUGUUCAUCGAUGGAGAGCAAAUCGAUACCUGAUCAAUUGGAUAGUGUUGCUAUUGCUAUGGAGAAGUUAGAGAAAUUUGUAGGCGAUUCUAGUCAAUUUAUUCCUUCCUUUACGUUGCGACAAGCUCAAGAAAAUUUAAAUAAGCUACGAAAUCAUAUUGAAACAACUCGAGAACAGUACAUGCCCAAGAAAAAAUUUGCUUUUAAAUCGCGUAAAAAGGUUGCUGCUAGUAAACCACUGCUUUCUUCUUCUACCACAGCAACACAAGACGAUACAAGGAAGAUUAUUCAAGCUAAGGAUCAAGAUAGUAUGGAUACCGGUGCUCUAGCGCGAAGAUUAUGUGAUUAUAGCAACCAGGAGAAUCAAACUUUAGAAAUUACUACCGAUGAAAUUUCAUCCAAAGAUGUUAAGUUAUCACAAUUGAAAAACUGUACGGUACGAAUUCAAGGUUAUCCAAGCGCUUUACAAAUCGAUCAUUUACAGAAUUGUACUAUACUCUCAGGACCAGUUUCUUCAUCAGUCUUUGUCGAUCGAUGUCAUGAUUGCAAGAUUGUAGUUGCAUGCCAGCAAUUACGCAUUCAUAGUAGUACUGAUAUCCAUUUCUACAUUGGUGUCACUAGUCGUGCCAUUAUUGAAGAUUGUACACGUUUUAUGUUCACUUCUUACAAUUGGUCCUAUCCAUCGAUCGAACAGCAUUUUACUGCAGCAAAUUUAGACAAGAAUAGUUUAAGCUCUUCAGCCAUUGAUGACUUUAACUGGCUUCGAAUCGAUCAACCUUCACCGAAUUGGUCUGUCUUACCUGAAGAAGAUAAAAUUCAAAACUGGGUUGGCUAG